UUGGCUGCCGAGGUCCCGCAGUCGGCCUCAGCCCGCCGCGCCGCCCUCAGAACAGCUCCGGCCGCCGCGCCGCCUGGCUUUUCGUUUUCCUUGUUCUCCGCGGGCCGUGGGGGCUCCGCGCCGCGGCUCUUAGUCAUGUCGGAUUCUGGAAGUUACAGUCAGUCUGGGGGUGAGCAGCAAAGUUAUUCUUCCUAUGGAAAUCAAGGCAGUCAAGGCUAUGGACAAACAUCACAAAGUUAUUCUGGCUAUGGGCAAACGACUGAUUCUUCGUAUGGACAAAACUAUGGUGGUUACUCCGGUUAUGGACAAAAUCAAUCAGGUUAUUCACAGUCCUAUGGUAGUUACGAUAAUCAAAAGCAGAGCUCAUAUGGCCAACAAUAUAAUAACCAGGGACAACAAAACACGGAAUCAUCAGGAGGCCAAGGUGGAAGAGCACCUUCAUAUGGCCAGUCUGACUAUGGUCAGCAAGAUUCUUAUGACCAGCAGUCAGGCUAUGAUCAGCAUCAAGGCUCAUACGAUGAGCAGUCAAAUUAUCAGCAACAUGAUUCCUAUAAUCAAAACCAGCAGUCUUACCAUUCACAAAGGGAAAACUACAGCCACCACGCACAAGAUGACCGUCGUGAUGUGAGUAGGUAUGGAGAAGAUAAUAGAGGAUAUGGCGGGUCACAGGGAGGAGGUAGAGGGCGUGGGGGAUAUGACAAGGAUGGAAGAGGUCCUAUGACAGGAUCAAGUGGUGGUGACCGCGGUGGCUUCAAAAAUUUUGGUGGCCACAGGGAUUAUGGACCCAGACCAGAUGCUGAUUCAGAAUCUGAUAAUUCAGAUAACAACACAAUCUUUGUGCAAGGACUUGGGGAGGGUGUAUCUACAGAUCAAGUAGGAGAGUUCUUUAAGCAAAUAGGAAUUAUCAAGACUAACAAAAAGACUGGAAAACCAAUGAUAAAUCUUUACACAGACAAAGACACGGGAAAGCCAAAAGGGGAAGCAACAGUGUCAUUUGAUGACCCUCCAUCAGCUAAGGCGGCCAUUGAUUGGUUUGAUGGAAAGGAAUUCCAUGGAAAUAUCAUUAAAGUCUCGUUUGCCACCAGAAGGCCUGAAUUCAUGAGAGGUGGUGGAAGUGGAGGUGGACGAAGAGGCCGUGGAGGAUAUAGAGGCCGUGGAGGUUUUCAGGGGCGAGGUGGAGACCCUAAGAAUGGGGACUGGGUUUGCCCUAAUCCGUCAUGUGGAAAUAUGAACUUUGCUCGAAGGAAUUCCUGCAAUCAGUGCAAUGAGCCUAGACCAGAGGACUCUCGUCCCUCAGGGGGAGAUUUCCGGGGGAGAGGCUACGGUGGAGAAAGGGGCUACAGAGGCCGUGGGGGCAGAGGUGGAGACCGAGGUGGCUACGGUGGAGACAGAAGUGGGGGUGGCUAUGGUGGAGACAGAAGUGGGGGUGGCUAUGGUGGGGAUAGAGGAGGUGGCUAUGGUGGAGACAGAGGUGGUGGCUAUGGUGGAGACCGAGGAGGUGGCUAUGGAGGAGACAGAGGUGGUUAUGGUGGAGACCGAGGGGGAGGCUAUGGAGGAGAUAGAGGCGGUUACGGAGGUGAUCGAGGAGGCUAUGGAGGCGAUCGAGGAGGCUAUGGAGGUGAUCGAGGAGGAUAUGGAGGAGACCGAAGCCGGGGGGGCUAUGGAGGAGACCGUGGUGGUGGUGGUGGCAGCAGUGGAGGCUACGGAGGAGACCGAAGUGGAGGCUACGGAGGAGACCGAAGUGGUGGCUAUGGAGGAGACCGAGGUGGGGGUUAUGGAGGAGACCGAGGUGGCUAUGGAGGAGACCGAGGUGGCUAUGGAGGCAAAAUGGGAGGAAGAAACGACUACAGAAAUGAUCAGCGCAAUCGACCAUACUGAUGACUGUUUUGAAUAUUCCUUUGUCUCUGACAUGAUUCAUAAUGGAGUUGUCAAGAGUUUGCCUGCUGCUUUCCUCAUGGCCUCUUGGGUAGUGAAAUUGACAUUUGGGUUUUUAUUCAGGUGGGAGGGCUGGGGACAGUUUUCCU